AUGUCUCAAGCCCAAACCCCUAUGACUGCCCCCGAUGCGCCGACCAGCGACUUUCCAAAGCACCUUGCUGAGGAUUCUAAGGCUGCCGUUAUCGAUGCCUUCGAUGCCAGUACUGUGACCGCACCUGAGCUUGUCGCAUCAUUGAUCAAAAACGGAGGGUGUGUAGUACGCGGAAUUCUUAAUACCGACCAAUUAGCCCUCAUUGAGAACGACAUUCGACCUUGGAUCGAAAAGGACUGUCCUUGGAAAGGUGACUUUUUCCCUCCCGAGACUCGGCGGGUUAUGGGUUUGGUCGAGAAGUCUAAAAUUUUCACUGAUCUAAUCCCUGGAAACCGUCUGUACCGGGAUGUGUGCGAUACCCUUUUGACAUCUACUCACGAAAGCUGGCUGGGCCAGACGCUCGAAACCAGUGUUUCGAAGCCACAACUGAAUAACACUAUUGUCUUCAGUAUUGGUCCCGGCGCAAGACGCCAGGAACUUCACCGCGACGACAUGAUAUUCCAUAACGAGUUGGCCGAGCUUGCUUCGCACGAAGACUACACGAUUGGCCGUGACACCAACAUUGGGUUUUUCGUGGCAGGUAAAAAGACAACCAAGGCCAAUGGGGCUACCAGAUUUAUCCCCCGAAGCCAUCUGUGGGCGAAGACCACCCCGCCAAACGAAGAUCUGACCUACUAUGCCGAACUCGAACCCGGUGAUGGCUUCAUCAUGCUCGCCAGUUGUUUCCACGGAGGCAGUGCAAACACCACCACUGACGAGGAGCGACUUGUCCUCUCCUGCUUUAUGACCAAAGGCUUUCUCAGACAGGAAGAGAACCAAUACCUCGCUAAUUCGCUCGAGAGUGUGAAGAGAUACCCAGUUGAAAUGCAGAAGAUGAUUGGAUACACUGUUUCUAGUCCCUUUGGCGGGUGGGUUGACCUCAAAGAUCCACGAGCUUUGCUUCUGGAGCCCGGGGAAUAUCUGGAUGGAGAUCUCUUUUGA